AUGCUGCUCUGGGUGUUCCUCUUCGUGAUCCUCACCCUCAGCAGCGGCUCCCACUGCUCCCUGCCCCCCUCCCUGUCCCUCAGGACACGGCGGUACGCAGAUGCCAUCUUCACCAACAGCUACCGGAAGGUGCUGGGCCAGCUGUCCGCCCGCAAGCUGCUCCAGGACAUCAUGAGCAGGCAGCACGGAGAGAGAAACCAGGAGCAAGGAGCAAGGGUGCGGCUUGGCCGUCAGGUAGACGGUGUGUGGGCGGAACAAAAGCAGAUGGCACUGGAGAGCGUCGUGGUGGCCCUGCUGCAGAAGCACAGCAGGAAUUCCCUAGGAUGAAGACUCCUCCCGUGGCUUAGCCUACCUGUGGCCAAAGCACAACUGGACCCAGUUAAUCCUCUCUCAUUUCUGACCUACUCUUUCCUUGGCAAAUACAA